AUGGCUUCCAAAGUUGCUAUAAUCCUUGCUCUAAACAUGCUCUUUUUCACUGCUGUAACCUCCAACUAUGUUCCAUGUCCUCCACCACCCCCAAAAGGUCACAAUAACCACCACUCACAUCCAAAGAACCCAACAUGUCCUAGAGACACAAUUAAGCUUGGUGUGUGUGCUGAUAUAUUAGGUUUGAUUAAUGUCGAACUUGGUAAACCACCAAAGACACCAUGCUGUUCUCUCAUCAACGGUCUUGCUAAUCUUGAAGCUGCUGUGUGUCUUUGCACUGCUCUUAAGGCUAAUGUUCUAGGCAUUAACCUUAAUCUUCCCAUUAAUUUGAGUUUGAUUCUUGGUUACUGUGGAAAGGGAGUUCCAAAGGGAUUUGUUUGCGCUUAA